AUGCUCCGGCUCAGGUAUCUGCUUCGAAGUCCUCACGCACGCUCGUCUCUCUUCGGUCCUACACACGCUCAUUCCAACUUCUUAAACCCACAAAAUGUGCGACAUGUGAGGUUUAGGCGGCCUCGGAUUAGGUCGUUCAUAUCAAAAUGUCUCCUGUACGGCACCGCAUUCUACCUCUGGAGCACCUUCGUACUGAUACGAUUUGACGACGAUACCGAAGAUGCUGAUCUAUCUCCUAUGGCCAACCCGGAGAAGACAUCUCCGCGUCGAACCUCCGUUGGAAGCGGCGAAAUCACCGGGAAAGAGGUCGAAAACGAGGGAGCGUUAUUCAUUCCGCUUGCCUGGUCACGUUUGCAGCAAGGCGAGCUAUACACUACAUCGGAUCCAGAGUGGCAAGAGUUUGUGAAAUUUUCUAAGGAUCGGAAGAAGCUCCAGAAGCUUAGGGAUGAACUCGCCACAAUCGUUUUAGAUAACGCGGGGAGGCAUAUGUCACCGAUACUCGGCGAGCCUCUCUCCCUCACGGGAUUCUGGCUUGUCCAUCAAUUUCCAGACCGUGCCCCUCCUGGAUAUGUGCGCUCGGGGGUGGAGAUCAAGAACGACAGUAUAUCGUGGGUCGCAAAGCCGAUGGACCCCGAGAUAGGUGACAGGUUACAGACAUUCAUGAAACCAGUUCAUAUUGCUUUAGCAAUCAGAGAUGCAUAUCUGGUGCUCUUGCUGAGGCAACUUGAUCGUUUCAGGAAACCCGCAGGGAAGUCGCUAGAUGCCGUUGAUUUGUUGGAUGAUUCUUCUGCCGCGCCUACCGAUGAGAGAAGGAACUGGAUUGGCCAGAAAGAUCAAUCUAAGCUACAAACUCCCCUGACUGACGGACUCAAAGAAAAUAUGCCGCCUAAUACCGAGAAUUCUAACUACCACCCAUCCUCACUCAUAUCUUUAUUACAGCGGCUACCGUUACCAGACCUCGGCCCGGGGUCGGAUUUGCACUUGGCAUCAGAGGCAUUCAAAUUACGAUUACACCAUGAAGAGGCCCAGGCAUCACGGUCUGCUCACCGCGGAGCCUUCUUUAUCACGGGUCCAGUUGGGUUGAAGGGUCCUAAUGGGUUUUGUCGAUACGAGGUGAAAGGCGAGUAUGAUCCAGCCAAGCGUGGAUGGCGAACAGUGGAAAUGACGCUCAAGGAUCUGAAUAUGAGGAGACAGGAGGCAUUGGGAAGUUGA